AUGUCUGACACGUCCGAAGAAACCCUGCAAUCCGACAGGACCGGCGACAAGGACGAGAACCUCUGCAGGGACUAUUCUCGCGGCCUCUGCGACCGGAAAUUCUGCAAAUUCAAGCACGAAAGCGACGCCAAACCGUUGAAUUUCUGCCACGAUUUCCAGAACUUCGUCUGCCCGCGACCGUUUUGCAAAUUCAUCCAUUGUUCGGCCGAAGAGGUGGACGAGUACAAGCGCACCGGCCAGAUGUCGAACCAAAUCAUCGCCGAGGCGACCAGGAAGAACCAAUUGCCCGGCGUGCCGCCCAUUUGCAAUCAAUUCAAAAAGGGCCAAUGUCGCCGGACGUUCUGUAAAUACCGGCACAUCACUAAAGAACAAGAGGAGGUUGAGAUCGCGGAAUUUGUACAGAACACCGCUCAAAAGAAACCCAACAACCCCAUCGUGUUUAACAAUAACAACAACAACAACUUGGCGGAGGCUCAAUUGGUUACUUUAGAAUCGUUAGGUGUAUUCCGAAGGAACGGUGUGAGUUUCGACGAUUACAAAGAGGACGGUUUGCCGUUGAUCAAACGACGCUUCGUAACCCAACAAGAACCCGAAAUAAUAUGCGAUCUGAUGGACAACAGCGCCGCCUCGCGGCCUCUAUUCAAAGGCUACUUCGCCGGUAAUCCCCCGUCGACGAUGCUGACUCGCGCCGACGCCCGCUCCCUGUUGCUCGACGAAGAGAACCAGUUGCUGCGCAAGGAGAUCGCCCGGCUCAAGAAGCAAGUGUCCGAUCUGACGGCCACCAACGAGUUUCUGUUGGACCAGAACGCCGCCCUUCGAGUGACCGGCAAACGGAACGGUACCGUCAACGUGCCGGCGGUUAGCAUAACCAACACGCCUACGCAGGUUAACCGGACGGUUAUAGCGAGCGUGGCUACCGUACCGGUUUCGUUGGCUACGGUUUCGACGUGUAAUCCGGGUUCUGGUAAUCAUUCGGUAUCGAUAGCCGGUUGUCCGGCUGUUAGUAUGGCGCCCGCGCAAAUUCUAGCCAAUAGCCAGCAAAUAUUAGUGACUACGAAUCCGACGACGCAACUGGCGAUAGCGAACAGUUCGCAAGCGCAAUUGGCCAUAGCGCAGCAAAAUUUGGCGACCAAUUUGGCGGCGGCGCAGGCGCAGGCGCAGCAGCCGCAGCUCACUUCGCAAGCGCAACAACUCGCCUUGGCCACGACCACGCAACAAUUGACGUCCCAAGCGCAGCACAUGGCGAACCAACAGAUGGCGCUGGCGAGCGCGGCCGCUCCGCAAUUGGCCACGCAAACGCAACAGAUGGCGUUGGCGAGUAACGCGCAAGCGCAACAACUCCAAGCCAUCGCCAACACCAAUCAGCAAUUGACCUCUCAGGCCCAACAGUUGGCUUUGGCGAGUACGAAUCAACAGUUGAACACGCAGGCGCAGCAAUUGACGGUGACGAACGUGCCGCAGCAAUUGGCAUUGGCCAGUACGAAUCAACAGCUGUUGGCGGCGCAACAGCAGCAGAAUUUGGCGUCGGAGAUGCGGAGGAAUUCGCAGGCGCAGGCGAUAGCGAUGUCGAACGCGCAGCCGCAAUCGAUGGUGUCCUAUCCGAUCAUGACGCAGGGUAUAAAUCACGCGUUGGCGCAUUAG